CACUUUUUGAUUUAAGCAUAAACACAUUAGGAUAUCAUUUUGCCCCUCCAAAACAAUUCUUCUGGCUACGCAACUGUGCUUGACCAUCCCAAAGUGAAAUCAAGAACAAGUAGUGUUUGAGGUAUUUCUUGAACGAGAUUGGGUUCAAGAAUGAGGACGGAUAAGGCGAAGAAGAUGAAAGAGCAUAAGAAUACCCAACUCGAUAGGUUAAGUGACUUACCGGAUGAUUUGAUUCAGCACAUCCUUUCCUUCUUAGACACAAAAUACGCCGUCCAAACCUGUGUUCUGUCCAAGAGAUGGGUUAAUUUAUGGUCUGAUCUCACUGUUUUCAAUUUCUGCUAUCAUCAUUCCACUCCGUCGUGGGAUUCCGUGCCUUUAAGCAAUUCAUAGCUAAUGUCCUGGAUCAUUGCAACACCUCUCAAGUUAUUGCAUUCCGCCUCUGUAAUGACGCCAAUGGAGCAGACCUAGGACAGUCCCUCAUUGACAAAAUUGUUAACUUUGCUGUUUCUGACAAUCUUCAAGAGCUUGAUUUAUCAUUUUCUCCCUCUGGAUAUGAUUGCCAAACUCUCAAUAUGUUGAUCUCUUCCCAAGCUGCAUUAAUCUGCAGCAUCUUGUCUUGGAGAAUGUUGGCAUAUAUGUGUCAAAUGUGUUCAACAUAUCUGCGCCUCAGCUAGUCAAUUUGACAAUGUUGAAUGUUUGAUUUCAUGAAAGCGAGAAGGUUAUAGUUAGCGCACCAAAACUGACCUCCUUCCACUUAUCAAUUAAGCAGCCAUUUGUGUUGUCUGUGGAUAAUUCUCCCUUUCUUGACAAGUUGAAUGUUAGCUUGUCCCGGCUAUACAAGAAAAAUCUGGAAAAUAUUCGGGCUUUGAUUGGUAUUUUAAGGGAGCUGGUAAUGCAAGGUCACUCAUUGUAUCACCAAACAUAUUCAAGCUUCUCUCAAAGUAUUAUAGAUAUAUCAAAGAUCAGCCUUCCCCCUUUAAAAGUCUGGAGUCCUUGAUAGUAGCGAAGAAACACAAGAGUUUCAAGAUUUCUCCCCAAGUGAUGAACUUCUUGAUUCAGGACUCUCCUCUUGCAGAAGAAGUGGGUGUGAAAUUACCAAAGGGAAAAGGUAAGCGUAACGCCUAAUUUGGGGAUAGCAUUAACUGAGAUAUCAGACAAUGAAACAUCAAAAUGUAGGUCUUAUAUUAUCUACUGCUUUAACCUGUUAUCAUGCUUACCAGAAGAAUCCAGACGGAAAUCUAAGGUUCAGUUAAUAGUUUAACAUUAGUCUUCAUUUUGUUACAUUCUUUUGUACUAGAAAUGAGAUUGACAAUCUGUCUUCUCUAAUUUUGUUUGGAACUACCAUUUUGCUCUGCCUGCUGAAAUUGUUGCGGAC